CGUGGCACAUGAGGUCAGAAAUGCUUGACAGGGCUCUCUAUGCAAGAGCUGGCCUGUUAUUCGAGCAUGGGAUAAUCGGGUUGCGGAGUACUGUCCGUCUGUACAGUCUAAAGAUGGAAUUCCAACUGUUUAGUGAUAAGAAUGCUGUUUCUUUUUCUCGAGGAGCCUUUCUUUUAAUUCAUGGUAUAUAUUCAGCGCAGGCUUUUAUGUAGGCUGGUGGGGUAUUAGGUAUUAUUUGUUUGGCUAUAAAUGAGAUUUUUCAAUAUUUCCCGUUUGGCUAAUAAAUUUGCUAUUUGAAAAGUGUAUACGUUGCAGUCUAUAGCCGCGUAUCACAGAGGCCGCACAUUGUUAGAAAAAAGGCUCGUGCAUUCCACCUGAAAAUACUUCAUGUUGUAGCAAGCAACUGGACUUAUUUCAUUAUACUCGAAUAUAUACUUUGGAGGAAAUAAUGCACAGCAAAGUAAACAGUUCGGAUGACCAAAACCUACCCACUUUACAAAAAUUCAUACUUCAGAAACAGUUCAAAGCUACAUCUGCGCUGUUCUACUAAUGAUUAUUGGCUAAUGUAUGUAAAAUGAAUUCAGAGCCUCUUUACUGUCAUCUGCCUUUCCAAAGAACGUUUGGAACUGAGAGUUUAGAGGCAAACUGAAAAGAACACAUGUAAUGUUGCCGAGGACAAAACAGAGGAGCUGGUAAUAAAAGCUUACAUCAUCAUAUUGCCAUUAUUAACAUUAAAAGCAGAAGGAAAAGGAGAAAGAUAGUAACGUGUUACAAAUGACGUUGUACACUUUAUUCCUAUCUUCAUUCUUCAAAACAUUUCAGCCAUAAUCCUUAAGCGAAGGUAAACUGUUAAACUGUUGGUUUUCAUCUACUUUGUGUUAUGAUGACGUAUGUAGUGUGAAACGGUUCUGUAUCUGAUGAUGAGGUUCACAAAGGCUUGCGAAGCCCACACAGAUGGUGAUUUUAAAAUCUUGACAAUGUGAUGGCACUGAUAUUACAGAAAUGUUCUUCUCCAAAGAAAAAAGACUGAUGUGCGUAGGAUGGAAGCGCUGCUGUAAGUGAAAUCACACUUGCACUGAACACUGCUGCUUCCGUUUCUAUGACCUGUGCUCUCAACAAACAUGCUGCUGAUGAACAAUCUACCUGAUUAUUCUGUACAAUUUGUGCAUGUUAGCUUUAUGAACUGACCUAAUAUGAGGACUUCGUACGAGUGUAACUCACUUGGAGAUAAUAUGUACUUACAGGCUCAUUGGGUUAACUGAGAAGGUAGCAGCAUGGCCUUCAAUGCAUUUUGUAUAGCUUGCUAUCAGAUAUUGAUGUGUAUGAAAAUCAGGCUGGAUGAUUUUCCUACGCAUGACGGCUGGUGGACUUGUUGAAUUUGAUCUGUGAUACUGCUUAAACUGAUUGAAUCAAAGUUUUGGUUGCACUGGAUGUACGUUUUGACACAGAAAUCUGAAGUAGUUUGCAUCAAACAGUCCGGCGUAUGUUCCCUGCAUAUGGAUUCAGAUGCCACCUUCUCUUAUUUGAGCCAUUUCAAACAGAUGCUACGUUUUUCUCUUACGCCUCUUUGUUUAAACAAGAUGUUCUAUCCUCUGAAUAAAACCAGAUGAUAAUGUGGUCGAAUUUUCCAGAUAUCUUUUUGGAAUUAAAAAGAAAAACAGAUGCAUGGUCGGCCGGUCGAAUUUUCGUUGUGCCCAUGUCUGGCCUGCUAUUGGUGCUUGUUUACACGGCACCCAAAGGCUAUUCUGAUUGGUCUCUUUUCUCACGUGACUAACCAACUUUGUACAUUUGACAGGGGGAGUAGGUGGGUUUUGGAGAGAUCAGGAAAACGACAGCGCGAUAAAAAUUAGAAUUGUUGCACUUCACAAAUUAAUGACCAUGAGUUCCUACUUGAUCAAUUCGAAUUACAUCGAGCCCUCUUUCCCGCCGUGCGAGGAGUACCAGCAGAACGGCUACAUCCCCGUCUCUUCUGACUACUACGAUCGACCGAAAGACUCGGGUUUCCCCCAUCACGAGGAGGCAACAUAUCCGCGGUCAAACUACCAAGACCCGAGCUAUGAAUACGGUAACGUCUCAAGCAAUGGUCUCGUGGAUUUCAACGAUCGACAUCACGUACAACCUCCGUCCGUUCCCCCAAAUCACGGGCCCCACCUCAACACCGAGAGCUGCGCUGGAACGACUGCAACCAAGGAUUGCAGCCUCGCCACAGAGGCUCUCCCUGCCCCACCGAAGGGGAAGGAGCCAGUGGUCUACCCCUGGAUGAAGAAGGUCCACGUUAAUACGGUGACCGCUAACUAUUCUGGAGGAGUGCCCAAGAGGUCUCGGACCGCCUACACACGCCAGCAAGCUCUGGAGCUUGAGAAGGAGUUUCACUUUAACCGGUACCUGACCCGGCGUCGGCGGGUGGAGAUAGCACAUACUAUGUGCCUAUCAGAGCGACAGGUAAAGAUAUGGUUCCAGAACCGUCGCAUGAAAUGGAAGAAAGACCACAAGUUGCCCAACACGAAGGUUCGUUCUGCUAGCUCCUCGACCCCCAACCACCAAGUCAAAACGGACGCGAGCCAACAGCAGCAGCAGACACUGCUUCCCACGCCAUGCUCAUCUAGCCUAUAGUGAUGGAGGAACGUCAGAAGCAGCAGAACUGAGCAAGACAGAAGAAAACAGAGCAGUAUUCGGAUCGGAGCUUCACAGGGUUACUUUCUAUUCCAAAAUGGAUGGGGCAGCCUCAACUCACCUUCCUUUCUCGCCUCACUUACCCCAUGAAAUCAAACAACCUGAGCUGGAAAAUGCACCCGUCCAACAUGGUUAGAUGAAGGUGUUUUUUCUUCUUUUUCAUGGAACAAUGACAGAACACAACUAAACUCGAAGUAUGGCUGUUUGCUGUUGAAAUGAAACCCUGUUAAGCACUAUUGUUGUGGAUAGUAAGCAUGGAGCUUGCAUUCGGGUGGGAGUCCCGUUUUUGGAGAUGGGUCAAGUGAAGCAUGUACAAAUCUCAUGAAGGCACAAAUGUAGGAACAAUCUCGUCCUUAAAUGAGGAACCCUAAAUUUUGUUUGUCUUAGUCCCAAGUAUUUGAGUGUGUUCUGUAUGACGUCAUCCAAGCUGUGAAUAAUCGUGUAUUUAGUUAUCUGUAUAUUGGUGGAUAUGUCAUGCUGUUUUAGUAUAUGCAAGUAAUUGUAUCAGUGGAUAAUAAUAAAUGCGUUUAUUGUGA